AUCCCUCCUGCAGAGGGCGCCUCUCACCGUCCGCGGGCCCCCAGCGGCUUUUUCAACGCGACCGAACCGCUGAACCUUCCUUUUCCGGCGAAUCUCUCAAGAUGGCGGACGUUGAGCAGAAGAAGAAGCGUACCUUCAGGAAGUUCACCUACAGAGGUGUGGACCUGGACCAGCUUUUGGACAUGUCCUAUGAGCAGCUCAUGCAGCUGUACUGCGCUCGCCAGAGGAGGAGGUUGAACCGUGGGCUCAGAAGGAAGCAGCAGUCCCUUCUGAAGCGCCUCCGUAAGGCCAAGAAGGAGGCCCCUCCCAUGGAGAAGCCUGAGGUGGUGAAGACCCAUUUGAGAGACAUGGUCAUCCUGCCCGAGAUGGUGGGCUCCAUGGUCGGCGUGUACAACGGCAAGACCUUCAACCAGGUUGAAAUUAAGCCUGAGAUGAUUGGUCACUACCUUGGAGAGUUCUCCAUCACAUAUAAGCCAGUUAAGCACGGUCGUCCUGGUAUUGGAGCCACCCACUCCUCUCGCUUCAUUCCUCUGAAGUAAACACUGAUUAAUGUAAAUAAAGUGACUUCCAGGAUAUGCUAAA